UGGUCUAUCUCGAUGCACCUUGAGAGUACGAGGGAUUGUCCAUUUAUUUUGCCCUUUCGGAGUCACAGAGCUCCAAAAAACACUUCUAAGGAUAAGGGAGGCACGAUUGCCUUAUGAGCCCUUGGCUCUCCUACUCCUUAAUCGAUGUGGGACUAAAUUGAUCAUAUCAGAUGACCUUCCCUCGUUGGGAGCCAAGGGCUCAAGGGGGGUUUGGGCCGCUCGGGCCUUGCGGUAGGCGCCAAUCUGAUAGGGGAUCACUUGGUCUAUCUCGAUGCACCUCGGGGGCGCAAAGGAUUAUCCGCUUUGGGUGAGUGCGAUCGAACCCGUAUUAUUUUAUCCUUUUGAAAUCACAGAGCUUCAAAAGAUGUCUAUGAGGGUAAGGAGGUACGAGCCUUUGGCUUGGAUAGUAAAACACAUGAGCUUAAUUAGGUUGAUCUAAUCUUACCAUGCUACUGCCAAGAAAGUAAAAGAGAAAACUUGCAGGAAAUGAUUGCUUCAGCUGCAGCCACUUAUCACAGCUCAUCUGUGAGGGAGACAGGGCCCCAUAUAUUCUUGGGAGUUGCAUGAUAUCCCAUGUGGGGAUGGAAUGAGCUAUGCAGAACUGGAAUCAGAUAUCCACAUUGCUGUGUUUGCUGUUCGGUGACAUCAAGGUAGAAGAACAUCAAAGAAAUGAAAAAGGACAAACUGAGAGGGUGUGUGUUUGUUUGUCAAACAAGGAGUGAAUCUCAAUGGUUCCACUAAAUAAAGAUCAUGUUUUUCACCAAAUAUUUCAUUUAUUUGUUAUGAUUAUUGAUUCUCCGAAACCUUCUUGCAAGCAUCCGAAGAGCAGCACUGAGAAGUCGUGAACGGGUUGCUCCCUGCGCUAUUAAAAGCCAAUCUUUGCUUCCCCUUUCCACUCCCAUCCCUUUCUUCCUCUCUUCUUCUCUUUAGAGAACAGAGAGGGCAAAGAAAGGAGGCUCUUUUCCUCUUUUUAUUUGAACUAACCCACAGGGGAGUAAGCAGAGAGAUGUUGAGCUCUUUGUUUACUUCAGCUUUCUUCUUCCUCUGCUUCUUUGCCUGCUCUCCCCUGUCCUUGUUCUUGUCCGAUGCGUCUGCUGGUGUUACGCAUAGCCUUCCGACUCUGUCGUUCGAACAGGGGUACACCCAACUCUUCGGCGAUGGCAAUCUGAUGUUGCUCCGCGACGGGAAGCGGGUUCACAUCUCCCUCGACGAGCGAACAGGUGCUGGAUUCGCGUCCCAGGACCUAUAUCUCCAUGGCUUCUUCAGCGCCUCCAUCAAGCUUCCUUCCGAUUACGCCGCCGGCGUCGUUGUCGCCUUCUAUAUGUCGAAUGGGGAUGUAUAUGCGAAGACCCAUGAUGAAUUGGACUUUGAGUUCUUGGGAAACAUAAGAGGGAGGGAGUGGAGAGUUCAGACCAAUGUCUAUGGAAAUGGUAGCACAGCUGUCGGAAGGGAAGAGAGAUAUGAUCUCUGGUUCGACCCAACUGAGGAUUUCCAUCAGUACUCCAUCAUAUGGAACCACGAAAGGAUCAUAUUCUCCAUUGAUAACAUUCCAAUCAGGGAAAUAGUGAGGACUGGGGCCAUUGGUGGGUGCUUCCCAUCCAAGCCAAUGACCCUCUAUGCCACCAUUUGGGAUGGUUCUACCUGGGCUACUUCGGGCGGGCGCUACAAAGUCAAUUAUAAGUAUGCACCGUAUGUUGCUGAAUUCGAAGAUCUUAUCAUCGGUGGUUGUGCAGUGAACCCCAUGGAUCAUUCUUCAGAUUGUGAGAAGCCUGACACUGCCAUCUCCGAUUCAUUGACAAUGUCACUGGAGCAACAAGCUCUUAUGGAUCGAUUUCGUAGGAGACAUAUGACCUAUUAUUAUUGCUAUGACCGUGACCGGUACCCGAUCCCUCCACCCGAGUGCAAUGCCGAUCAGAUCGAAGCAAGAUUAUUCUACGGACGGGAUGGUGUGAAACUUGGAGACCACAGGGGUCGCCGCAGGAGAGGCCAAAACAAGCACAGCAGAGUGACCCAAGCUGAUGCUGCAUUUUAAGUCUAAUUACUUCUCGUUGGAGUAGACCGAAUUCGCGCUGUAUAGUGCGAGGAUCAAUUGAGGUUUGUUUAUCAUGUAGAGAUGUUUAGAUCAGUUAUAUCCAUUGGUAUUUCGAUGCUAGGUUUCAGUUGUUGCUGGCCAAUACUGUUUUGAUGCCACUGUCUUCAUUU